AUGAAGCUGCUUCUCGUCCUCGCCAGUACUGCCCUGGCAGCAUGGCACAAGCCUCUUCCCGGCCACUUCUCCCUCCUCGCUCGCGACUUCAAUGGCAACUGCACGGCCAGAAACACCUGCUCUGACUGCUACGGCCCAGGGAAUAUCAUCUGCGACAACGCGGGCUGCUUCAAUCCAAAAAAGUGGGAACAAUGCUGCAAAAAUGGCUUUACCUGCGUCGCCAAAGAUAACUCCUGCUGCGGUGACAUGGGAACAGGAACACCAGGAACAGACGGCCUCAUCCCCUUCCCCACCGCCUCCUCGACAGCCAGCACCGACGACACGAUAACGUGCACACGCCAUCAAACCAACGAAGAAUGCUGCACGCAGAACGGCCGAUAUCCGUCCCUGAAGUGGUGCUCUGGGAGUUACCCCAACCAAUUUUGCUACAACCCCAAGGAGCAGACCUGCUGUUCCGAGGGGACGGUGUGUUUCGGUGAGGGGUGCUGUGGUCUGGUCAGCGCGAGCGCUAUUACGCCAGACCCUGCGCUUGCGACUGCCUUGCCAGGUGCGAAUAAUGGGUCCGUGUCUGUGUCUACGUGGGGGAUGGGCGCAACCUCGGCAACGUUGGGUUCUAGCUCUGCGAUUGCAACGGCUACUGCAACUGGUCAUUCGAGUCCCAGUCACAGCACGAAUGCGGCUCUUGCGACGGGGAUUAAUGGCGUGUUGAUGGGUGCAGGAGUGAUCAUGGCUGGACUGGGGUUGUAG